AUGGACACACCCAGAUGCGGUAACUCGGACGAAGGCAUAGCCCCGUUUUCCGUGAACCCAUUAGUUAAAUGGAACUCAACUCGGGUCACGUGGAACAUGAUUGGCUCUGGCAUCCAGUAUGCCAACAUCGUUGAGAGAGCGUUUUCCUUGUACUCCAAGCACUCUGCUCUCGAAUUCCGUAGAAGUUACAGUAAUCCCACUAUAAUGGUAGUGAUUUCCCCUAAGAAACACGUGGCGUACUACCUUAAAAGCACUUGCAGUUACGAUUUUGACGGUCCGGGCGGUGUUCUCGGCCACGCUUUUUCUCCCUCGACCGUGGCUGAACCAAUCGGAUAUACACCUUGA